CCUUCUCCAAUUGACCCCCAAAAAGGAACCAAAAGGAAGAAAGAGAGGAAACUCCACAAUGGCAGCCACCCGGCGCCUCUCCACCGCCGCAGAAGCCUGCACCGAGCUCCUCACCCGCUUCGGCAGCACCUCCAAGCCAAUCUCAACCCGCACGCAACUCCUCGACGCCAACCAACUCCACCUCCUCUCCCUGACCCUCAACCGUCCUUCCUCCUCCCCUGAUCCUCCAAAAAACGGCACGCCCAUCCCCCCAGGCCACCACCUCGUCUACUUCACGCCCGCGGUCCCGACCUCCUCCCUCGGCCUCGACGGCACCGACACAGUCGUCAACCCCCUCGCACCCUUCACCCGCCGCAUGUGGGCCGGCGGCCACCUAACUUGGUCCCCCUCGACGCCCCUCCUCGUCGGCCAAACCGUCCGCGAGACGACCCGACUCAUAUCCGCGGAACCCAAGCGCCUGAAAACCGGCGACGAAAUGCUCCUCGUCGGCGUCGAGAAAACCUACUCCCCCUCCGACUCCCCCGACGCCGUCGCCCUCACCGACCGCCGAAACUGGGUCUUCCGGCGUGAAAUCGAUCCCAGCAGCAGUGUCCCCGUCCCCCCUCGCCCGGAGGAAGUCCCGCUACCAUCCCCCCCGACCGGCGGAUGGGCGAGGGAUUUCACGCAAAGCGAGGUAUCGCUGUUCCGCUUCUCCGCCCUUACGUUCAACGGGCACAAGAUACACUACUCGGACGAGUGGUGUCGGGGCGUUGAGGGGCAUCGGAGGGCGGUCGUGCAUGGCCCGUUGAAUUUGAUUAAUAUGCUUAAUUUUUGGGGGGAUGAGGUUGGAGGGGGGAGGAUGCCGAGGGGGGUCGAGUAUAGGGCUGUCAGGCCGAUUUAUGUGGGGGAGAGGUAUAGGGUGCUUUUGAAGGAUGGGGGAAAGGGGAAGGGAGGGGAGGAGGGGGAUGGGAGGUGGGAGGUGGAGGUUUGGGAUUCUUUUGGGGGGGUGGGGAUGAGGGGGGUGGUUUGGGGGUAG